AUGACGUCAGACAAAAUGGAGACAGACGAGGCAGACAAUAGUUCACAUGGACAAGGGUCGAGGGAAACAGAAAACGCAAGCCAACAGCUGCUGCCGACCCAGGAAGACGCUCUGAGGAGUCUCCCAGAAGACGCUAAGUGGUACAAGAAGGUAAUGGUACGCUACAGACGCGUUGUGGCAGUCGUUAUGCCCUCCGUCAUUGUCCUCUCUGCUUGGCUGGCCGUCAUGGUGGCUCACAAUCACUGGAACUUGUUUCCUGAGAAAUACUUCAUGACGAUAACAAUGGUGUUUGGGUCUUUGGUAGCAGGAAUGACUAGUGAGGGAGGGGGCGCCGUAGCGUUUCCAGUGAUGACCUUAGCGUUCGGUAUUCCUCCAUCAGUGGCCAGGGAUUUCUCCGUGGCCAUCCAGUCCGUGGGAAUGACGGCGGCGGCCUUCACAUUAAUUUACAUGCAAAUCCAACUGGAAUGGCAUUCAAUUUUCUUGGGAACUUUUGGGGGAAUCAUUGGAGUUGUUUUUGGCUUUGAGAUUGUCGACCCUGCCUUGACCUCCGCGCAGAAGAAGUUAAGUUUUGUAUGUAUCUGGUUUACAUUUGCUUUCGCCUUGUUUGGGCUGAAUAUUUAUCACAAAAGACGCACCUUCCCUAAAAUACCCAACUUUAACUGGUGGAAGGGAAUAGUUCUGGUUCUCACUGGUUUCUUCGGUGGUAUAUUUACGUCAUUUGCCGGUAGUGGGUUAGAUAUAUGCAGUUUUUCUGUUCUUACGCUUCUGUUUCGCGUCAGCGAGAAAAUUGCCACACCCACUUCCAUCGUGCUGAUGGCGGGAAACACUUCGGUUGGGCUCUUCUGGCGGCAUGUCAUAAUGGGCCACGUGGACGGAGAGUGCUGGCAGUAUGUCGCUGUUUGUGUUCCAGUUGUCAUCUUUGGGGCUCCUCUUGGCUCUGUCAUCGGCAGCCAUUUCCAUCGCUUAGUUCUUGCGGGCCUCAUAUACGUACUGGACACCGUUGCUUUAGUUGCAGCGUUCGCCAUCGUCCGGCCUUUAAGCACCGAAUUGGUUCUCAUGUCUGCUGGGAUAAUCAUGUUUGGCGCCGUUUUCUUUUUCUGCUUAACGCGAGCGGGAACACGAUUUCUGCGGAGCAUCGAAGACGCUGAAAAGAAAGCCGCCGAGGUCGGUGAUUUGACUGAGUUGGACAAAACUAUCAAUGACAAAAACAAAGAUACAGAGCCAAACACAACUAGAAUGCAGCUCCAUGAAAAUAUAACAGAGAUCUAA